GUCAGGUCGUGGCAAAAAAGUCUGCAAUUUUUUCUGGAGUUCUAACACAAUUGCCGUUUUACAAUGAGGAAGAAGCAACAGCGAAAUAUAUUGGGGUUCCCAAUUAACUUUAUUGCUUUGCCAUUUAAUCCUAUUUAAAAAAAAGUUGUUUUAGAAAUAUCAGUUCAACCGAUACAAACGUAUCCAUCCCGUCUUCCAAAAUCCUAUUGUAGUCGCCAGUAGGAUUUAUAAAAAAUACACGUAUUUUGUAUUGUAUCGAGUUCAUAAAUCUCGGAAGCUAUCAAAAAGAAUGUACACGUGGCAUGUGCAUCAAAUCACAGGCAGUUAUAAUCAGGACGUAAGCGUAAAAUAAUAGUGCGUUAUUCGGUAAGAUAGACUGGACUAAAUUAAUUCGGAUACAUUUCGAUUCGAGGAAGCCGAGUUAUUUAUCCCAUACUUCCUAACGGAGACUCGGUGAGGGUUUACACACGAACGUGUGUGCGUGUAUGUGGGAGACAAAGGCGGCCUGGCGUGGUGGUGGCCACCUAUCCUCUCGUGUGCCGUUCAGGCCUCCAUAGGCUCUCUCGCGCAGCUGCUGCUCGUCAUGUCGGUGCUGGCCAGAGACGCGUGGGGUCGUCCUGCCGCGCGGGAAAAUGACCCUCUCCGUGACCUCAACCUGGCCAUCCCCAUAGCCGAGUUCGUCUACCACCUGUCCAGCCAAGCGUACGCCGAGCUGCAGGAGAAGCCCUACAACGGAGAGCCCCCGCGCGUGGCACCUUGGAGCCCUCCCAACGUGGUGAUGUCGUGUCACCCAGCCAGCUGGCAGGCGCCCAGCAAGAAGGACGAGGUCCUACAUAAGACGGACGACGAGCUGCUGCGCAUAUCUCUGGAGGUGCUGGAUUCGUGGAGCGGCGUGUUCUUGCGGACCCACGCCAUCCCGCUCGCGAAGCAGCUCGCAGCGAUGCAGCGCCUGCUACAGGACGGCGUGGCCACGAUGAGCGAGGGCCGGAAGCCCGCCCUGGAGUUCACCUCGGUCGGGGCACUGCCCCCGGUCGACGAGAGCCUCCUGCGCAACCACCGGCAGGACCUGCUCAGCUGCUUCAAGAACGAUGCCCACCGAGUGGUCACCUACCUCAAGGUCAUCAAGUGCCGACGCUUCCACGACUGCAGCAAGCCCUGAAGUUGUCGCAAAGGGCAGCUGAGCGAUGUUCUACGAGGAACGGGGUGGAAACGUGGCUUCGGACUUGUACCAGAUUGUUGUGUUUUUUUGUUUGUUUGUUUGUUUGUUUUGGAGGGGAAGGGGAUGUGAGCUAGAUCCGAUUCGUCAAUUGCCUGAGGGUGGCCGCCGAUGUUAAUCUGGUUCAUCCCCGUUCUUUGAUUUGGGAAGGUGCUCCACGCUCGUUGCUUUUAAAAUAAUAAUCUGGGGCGACUCGGAAGCCACGUUUAGUCUAUUCUAUAACCAAGCCAUCAUCGCACCAUUUGCACUAUCGCUUUACUUUCUUUACAGGGAAACGGAGUGGGGGGGGGGGGCGGUCUGUGUAUGCAACUCGACACACUUUCGCUGAUGUUAAUUGCAUAAAGUGAGUGGGGGUCUUCUCUGCAGUGAGUGGUCACAAAGGUACAAGGACAUUGGUCACCAUUGAGUAAAAUAAGUUUAAAUUGAAGGAAACAUUUUAGGCGAAAAAAUAUUGUUAUUUUAUCGACGAAAGUACGUCUUUUUUGGUUGUUGUUUUAUUUACGUAACUCUAUUCAACACGCAAAUUUUAAGCUGCCGGUUGAAAAUCCAAGCGCGCCUUUCCGGGUUGGCCAACGCGUUGAGCGUUGCUUUUCUGAAGCUUUCGCCACGCACUACUGCGGCUGGCCAUCGGCAGGGAUUGCGUUCGAAGAUGCCUACGGGAGAGAGUUUGCUGAUAAAGAGUUGAAAGAAAAAACACAUGUAUCGACGCCCAACGCCAACCCGACAAAACCACAUUCGGCUUUACAUAACUCAUCAAUAAUAAUAAUAACAAUCAUAAAAAGAUCGAAAGUAUUUUUUUAUUGAGCUGAAAUUAUGUUAAACUAAAUCAUAUUAAACACAUAGAUUUGAAGUUUUCGUGACUGCAGGGAUCCAUACUCUUUGGUUUUUUCGGUAAAGUCACGUUGGCAUAAAAUAAAAUAAAUUAAAUAAAAUCACGACGUUUCGAUCGCAACACAAGUGACCGUCAUCAGGCGGAACCGAUUCAGCAGUGUACUGAUUUAAUUGAAUUUCUUUUAAUGUAUACCUACGUGACUUUACCGAAAGAACCAAAGAGUAUUAAACACAUACUUUGGUCAUAAAUGAUGCAAACACCAACUUUGUUGGAGUGUUGAUCUCAUCGCUAAUCUGGACAGAUAUCUCACGUUUCCAACAUUUGCGCUCUGUGGUGGUUUGGUAACUGAGCAGUGUUUUCGUUCUCUCGGUCUUUAAAGCAAAGCUUCAUUUUUUAAACGACUCAUUGGCAAACCUGUGCUUUGGGAUCGAGUGAACACUGCGUGACCGAUGGAGGCUCGCGAGUGAUUAGAAUGUGCUUAUCGUGGCUAUCGCAAACUUUGCCUGCGCUUAUCCUCUCCUUAUCCAAAGCUUCAUGUGAACACGAGCCCAGCUCUUCUCAGUAGAUGUAUAUAAUGUA